AUGCCAUCGGCCGUGGUCGACACAAUCCUUGCGCCUGCAUGUCCCAAUCGCUUGCAGACCGACGUCAACAUCGCCGCCACCUACUAUCCGUCCGUCUCCCGCAAUCCUCGUCGAGCUCCAUCCCUCGACUCCUCCCCUGCCGGCGGGAAAUACCGUGCGGCCAGUCCCGAUCUAGGCCGCUCUGCUUCGGCCCCUGCGACAGUUGCCGCUGGCCUGCAGCACCAGUUGCCGCCCGCUGUCAGUCAUUCAUACCUCAGCAGCCCCUCUCCAUCUCGAGAGCUUCGCGGCUCUCCAUCGCACCCACAACUCUCCAGCAGCUUGCCCUCGACAAUCCACGGUCUUGUCUCGCCCUGCAUCGCUCGAGACAAUAAUUCCUCUUUCGACUGGUCGCCUCCUCCGAGCUUAGCCAAGGCUCCUGCGUCAAGGCCCAUCCCGUUGGAACCCUCGCACGGCGCUUGGUCUCCCCCAGGGCUCGGCACUGGCGCCGCCUCCGCCCCCCUACGCGGCUCGAUUCCCUUCUCGACCUCGUUACCUCUGACCGCCACCCAAGGCCCAGAUCCCGCCCUGCCCGACAGCUUCCUCUCAGCAUUGCCCUUGAGCUAUCCUGCCGGCACCGCAAUAUCCCAGGCCUCACCCUCAUACGUCGGACUCAGCCCCAGCCCCGGACCCGGACCCGUUCUCGUUUCCCGAACUGCUCCGCCUACGACCACGGCCAUCGGCUUCAACCCCCCAUACACGUGGCCCCUUGCUGCGUCCAUCAAGAGCGAUUCCGUCUUCUCAGUACCGCAGUCCGCGUGCCCGCUAGCUUCGGCCGCACCCAAUUUCGAGUCCGGCACUUUCUCGGGCGCCUUUCCAACUGCCAUCUCCGCACUGCCGCCUGGCUCCGUGUCCCCUCUUUACCUGGGCGCCGGUGCCACGCCUGUGGCGGCUCUGUCAGGACCCGUGUCUGACGGCACUGUUGCUUCUCCGCAAACCGGAUCCGACACCGUUGAAUCGCUUCGCCACCAGCUCUCCUUUCUGAUCCAAGCUUGGAUGGCCGAUCGUGAAAGUAGCCGGCCGGCGAAGGAGCAGACCGAGGAAGUGCUUCACCGAAUGCACAUCGCCAUGGAGAGCGGCCGCGAGCAAUGGACCAGCGAUAGGACGGCAAUGCAGCGUGAGCUCGAGAGUCUGAAUGCUCAAGUCUAUCAAUUGAAGCAGGAAAAUGCGACCCUGAAAGCCGCUGCGGCUCGGAUAAACAAGCGUCACAGCUUUGUAUCUCGGGCUGGCCGGCGUGGCACAUACGCUCCAACUAGCAGUUCAUCUCCGUCCGACCCUGACGAUCCUGCGGCUGCCAGCCUGUCGUCGCAAAGUGGCAGCUCCAGAGCGUAUAUUUUUUCCCCACCCCCGCGCUUUGGUGCCGCGCCGCGCCGCACUCACAUUGCGACCCCUGGGAGCUCUCGGACCUCCCCUUGUGGACUGCCAGCGCCGUCACAUGUCUCGCCACUCGGCCCUCGCUCGCAGCCCCGGCAUUCCGCUGCCGUCGACUUCAUGGAUCCCCUGGCCCGGAAUGGCAAAGGGCCGCCCGCUCCCAUCAUCGACGUGCGGGAGAUUGAUCCCAGGCUCGAGGGAAUUCCCCUCAGAGCAAACGCAGUCCAGAGGUCCACAUUUGCCCCGGCACCGGCCCAUUCUUCCUUGGCCAUUUUUCUACGAAGGGGCGGCCAGGCCCGCGACUCCGCUGCAACACGUCGAACUCGUCGCUUGUCCAUGGACCGGACCAGAUUCUGGCGGCUGAGGCGUACGUCAUCCAAAGACCAGACCCUGCAGGUGUUGGCCGCUGAGGAAUCUCGACGCUUGACCAUGCACGCCGGUCACACGCCCAACCACUCCCUAUCCCUCCUCCCAACCAUGACUACCACGGGAGGUGAUUCGACUGGCUACGAGAGCAUGCGAGCCACACCGUCAGCCGAAGCACGGUCGGUUUGCUUGGGCCGACAUGGUCUCGCUGAUCCUGGAGAGUUCGAGGACGACGAAACGUCAGAAGAUGCAGAAUCGGACCAGGACGCGCUCGCCGACAUUGAGGAUUGUCGGGCGGGCCUCGGCCUGGAGCUACUCGAAGACAAACCACUCAAAGGCCCCUUGAUGGUCAAGAACAUACCCGCUCAUGAUGAUGUGUUUUUCGCGAAACUGGAUCGGAAGCUCGAAUGCCUCAAAACCUGGCAGGACGCCCUUCCGAGCGUCUUGCGCGAAUCCUCCCCAGUGAGGGAAUUCGGAUGCCGCUCGCCUGGCGUCGGCGAGCAGCCUCGGCAGCCUGUGCCAGCUCCGCCUCUGGGGGGCGACGCCUCGCAUGACACAGGCUCUGCACGUGAGAGUGUGGACGAAGGAGAGUCUGGCGAAAACGACAUUGAGCCCGACGUCCCUCUCAAGAUGAAGAACACGAGCAAUUUUGGUGCGCCGUUUGGUUCCGCUUAG